GCCAAGUUCGGCCAAUUGCUUUAGUUUUUUGAGCUCAAACCGCGCGGUUCGGGCCUAGCAAAGCGCAAGCUGCUUUGGACCUUCCUAGGCUGUCGGCAUGACCCAGCAGUUUCAGGGCCGUUCGCUUCCUAUGUCCUUCCCGUCCAAGGAUCGGCACGAGAGGCGAGUCCUGGGCGACUUGUCCAACACUUCGUGGCCAGGCAACGCAGAGAAGCGGGAGCGGCACGAGCCACCCCGCACGCCACGGAAACGCAGCGUGGAGGACUUCGAGGUCUUUACAGGCGGCGAGAACGACACCAUGGGCCAGGAAGGCGGCGACGCGACCUCGGAGAGAGAGAGGAUGCGCGACCUGCUGCGGGACUUGGGGGUGCAGGAGCUCCCGGCCUUGGACCGCUGCGCGGAGGCCCCAAGCGCGACCUUCUGGAAGCCCUUCUGGGAGGGCGGUCCUGCAGAUCCAGCGGAGCUGGUGGAGGGCCUGGGCAAUGCUAUGGACUACGCUGACCUGGAGGCUCAACGCUUUGAUUUGGAGGCUUGGACGGCAACCCCGAGGAAGGACGAGGACGAUUUGUCGCUGCCCCUUCCCUCGCCACCGUCCAUCUCGCCCUUCCGAAUGGACCUGGAUGAGCCCAUGGAGAGGCCGUCGCCGCGCCGGCUGGCGUAAUUCGCCCGAAUUCGGAAUUGGCAGUGCCGUAGCCGAAGCCAAGACGAUGUUCACUCUCCAGGGUCUUGUUUUGAGGCUUGCCUUGUGUCGU